AUGGCCAAAAAAAGAAAACCUUCAACAAAACCUGCUGCCCGACGAUCAACUCGACGCGGGAAACAACCAAAUGCCGAAACUGUUGUUGGGGAAGGCGAAACUUCCACCCCCGUUGAAUCAACUACUUCAGAGCUACAAGCUAAUGAUAAACCUCCUGAAGAUUCAUGCAUAAACAUUUCUGCAUCAACAAAAAAUAAUAUUCAAUCAUCUGAACCUCAGAGCUUGAAACCUAGUAUGAAAUGUUUACAACCAGUUGUAGCUCUGCAUAAGAAAUUUGGUAAAUAUCGUUGUCUAUUUAAUAAUGACGAUAAUUUGUCGAGAAAGGGUGAAACUGGAAGUGACAGUGAAACUAAUAGCAGUAUUGAAACUAAGGCAAUUGAUCCUUGUGCUAGUUCAGAAUCUGACUCAAAUGCGUUAGAUGUUCAUUCUGAUACAAAUAGUGGCGCUUGUCCCAGUCCUCUGACUAUUGUCUCAAAAUCAAAAGAUAAUCAAACCACCCAAGCCGUUCCACAGCCAUUACCAGAAAAGUCAAAAGCUGCUCCAGUAAAGCCCUUACAAAAUUCAAAAAAUGACAGUAAAAGAAUUUUGCGAGGGAAUCAUUCAAUAACUGAUACAUCAGUUUUAGUUGAGUGUGUAGAACAAAUGGAAAGUAUGAAAAGAGAUGAAAAUGUUAAUAUACAAUCAAGCCAAGAAAUUCAAGACAUUCCAUUGCAAGAACAAAUUGAAUAUGCAUGUGACGAAGAUGAAAUAAUUACAGUAGUUCAAAUAGUUGAGGAUGAUAACCAAGAGCUUUAUUAUAACAUUAAGAUAGAUAGUCCAAAGAGUGAAUCAAAAUUGCAGCAGAUUAAUGAUAAAGAAAUAUUAGAAAACAAGAAACGUGAUUCUGAUUUCCAAAAACAUUUUGCAAACUUAAAUCUUGCCUCCCAGUCAAGUUCACGAAAUUAUUCACCUAUGGAUUGUUCUGAAAUUAAAUACUCACAAGUAACUGAAUGUAAUAUACCUGAUAUAUUUCUGAAAGAGAAUUCAAAUGAUUUGACAAGGCCUGAUCCAAGCUUAACCCCUAGUUCUACUUUAUCUGAUGAUAGUAAUUCCUCGAGGGUAACAGAGCAUACACAAAAUAAUUCAAAUGAUUCAGCAGAGUCCUCUCCUACGGGAGUCAGACGAUCUAGCCGAAUCAAGACUAUUAGCAAUAUGAAACAGAAAACAAAAGGAUAUGGUUUAGUCAAGACACCAUUAAAGAAAGCUUUAAUUACACAAACAAAACUGAAACUUGAAGAAUUAGGCUCUGAUAGUCAAGAAAAAGUCAGUGAAAUUGUUACAAAUACAACCUCAAAUUCUGCACAAUUUCCAGUUCCCUCUGAAAUGCCAGUAAAAGUAAAAUCCCGUUGGCGGAGAUCCAGUGAGCUUGAAAUGGGUGCAAACUCUCCAGCUAACUCCCCACUUGCUAGUCCAAGUUUACCUCAAAGAUUACUACCCCCACUUGAAGAACAGAAUCCUUCCCAUGAGGAGCAGAAUUGCACUGAGUUAACUAAGGAAGCUUAUGAUAAGAUAAUUGAAGAGAGAAUGAAUCAGUACCAACAUUUAGAUGAGAAUGAGUAUCUAUGUGAUCGUAUGAUUAGUAAAGACACAAAGAAGAUGAUAUGUGACUGUUUCAUGACCAAAGAAGAAUUAGAGCGUGGAGAAUUAGCAUGUGGAGAAGAUUGUUUAAAUAGAUUACUCAUGAUUGAAUGUAAUUCUCGGUGCCCUGUUGGUGAUCGUUGUACAAAUAGACGAUUUCAAAAUAAGGAAAAUGCUGCAUUGAAAGUCUUUUAUGCAGAUAAAAAAGGUUGUGGAGUUGAAGCUAAUUCUGUUAUUCCUGCAGGUGAAUUUCUAAUGGAGUAUGUAGGUGAAGUCCUAGAUUAUGAACAGUUUUAUAAGCGAGCACAAUCUUAUUCUGAUGAAAACAAUCUUCACCAUUACUUCAUGUCCCUAAAAGGUGACACAGUAAUUGAUGCAACAAUGAAGGGCAACAUAUCUCGAUUCAUCAAUCAUUCCUGUGAACCAAAUGCAGAGACACAGAAGUGGACAGUUAAUGGAGAGCUCAGAAUAGGUUUUUUCAGCAAAAGAGAUAUUGCUAUUGGAGAGGAGAUCACCUUUGAUUAUCAGUUUCAGCGUUUUGGCAAGGUGGCGCAGCGGUGCUACUGUGGAGCAGAGAAUUGUCGCGGAUGGAUAGGUGCCGAGCCUGACUCCGAGGAUGAUGAUGAUGAGGAGGAAGGAGAUGUCUCAACAUCGAAAACAGGAACAAUUGAAUCUUCAGAAGAGCCAUGUGGAACAGAUGUACUGUCUGAACAACCACAGCCUGGAAUUCCUAAAAUCAAAAGGGAGCGAAAAUAUAAGCCAAAAGCACCUGACUUGGUGCAGGAUGCUGAUAUCGAAGAUGACCUCGAAGCGCUCAGCCGCACGGGUGUGAAGAACCAGAGCCACACGCUGCGUUUGUCGCGGACUGUAGUGCGCGCGAAGACAAGACGUGCGCAGACCGCACUGCUGAGACUUCUGCGGGACGCCGACCUGCCGUGCCGCCGCCUAUUCCUCGACUACCGCGGCUUGCGGUUGCUGGCGCCCUGGUGUGCUGAUGCCUCCACCGAGUUCAGGCUAGAAAUGCUUCUGACUGUGGACCGGUUACCAAUCACAAACAAAACAAUGGUGCAAGAGAGCCGUUUCUUCACGAUCAUCGAGCGAUGGCGUAGCACCAUAGAUCCUCCAACUGAUACUCAGUUUAUUGAUGAGGCGACCGGUUUACCAGUAGACAUGCCUGAAAAGAAUAAAGAAAAUACGGUUAUGCUGGAAAAAGUUAGAGAUCUCUCAACUCAGUUGCUAGAAAGAUGGUCCAGUUUGAAGGAAGUGUUCAAAAUCCCUAAGAAGGAAAGAAUACAACAAAUGAAAGAGCACGAGCGGCAGGCGAAUGUGGAAAGGCGAGCGGCCGACUCUAGUGGUUCCCGCGAUCGUGAGCGCGAACGUGAACGUGAACGCGAACGAAGGGAUGAACGCGACCGACGAGAUGACAGGGAACAUCGCGAGAGGGAACGGGAAAAAGAACGCGAACGCGAAAGGGAAAGGGAGAGAGAACGAGAACGAGAUCGUGAGCGUGAUCGGGACAGGUAUAGAGAACGUGAGCGAGAGCGCGACAGGGAAAGAGAUAGAGAUGAAAGGGACAGGAGAAAAAGAAGAGGAAGCCCCGAAGGGCGAAGAAGUAUAAGGCUAAACGAGCGAGUUUUGGCUUCGGUGCCUCCAAUGAGUAAAGAGGAACGUAGAAGAGCGUUUGCUGAGGCGGCCGCCGCGGCUGACGAAUCACGUCGUCAGCGCGAGCAGCAGCCCUGGCCCUAUUGGCCGCAGCCCGACGGCUUCGCGCAGAUGUUUCCCCCGGGCAUGAUGGGUGGCCCGCCAAACAUGUUGGGCCCUAUAAUGCCGGGAAUGGUACCGGGCAUUUUACCUCCAGAUGCACCAAGCGAAUGGAUGGGACCUAAUGGGGAAUUUCAAGGUCCACCCACGUUUUGUCCACCGUUCCCUGGACCACAAUUCUGCAUGCCACAGCCGAAUAUGAUGGGCUUUGGCAUGGGCGGGUUCAUGUUUGGGCAGCAACUGCCGCCUUCAUUCGCGCCGCCGAUGCCCGCCGGUCCUAUGCCUCCCCAGCCCCAACCGACGCAGCCUACGAUGCCCACGAUGCCCACGAUGCCCGCAUUGCCCACGCAGACCACACAGCCCACGCAACUUCCACAAACCCUCGCUGACGCUCGAUGCGAGGUGGAGGCGGAGAUGGAAGGUGAGGAAGAGGGAGAGGGAGAGGGAGAGGUUGAGGGUGAGAGUGAGCAGGAGCGCGCGGUGCUGCCGUCGCUGUGGCGCAGCGCGCGCGACUCCCGCGGCCGCACGUACUACUACCACGUGAAGCUGCGCCGCCCGCAGUGGAACCCGCCCACACCGCCCACACUGUCGCCAGAUGAGAGUUCUUCUGAAGAUGAGGCGGAACCCAUGAGCGCCUUGGACUCUGCUGUGGUGAGGCGGCAAGUGAAAGGCAAACUAGUGGAGGGAGUCAAUGGCAUAUAUGAAGUAAUAAAAGAAGAUAAACAUAAUGGCUUGAUUCCUGAUCACGCCCUUCUGUCAUUGAAACCAAGAAAACGUCGGCCCGGUCUGGUUACAGAAAGGCCGAUUAGCCCACGAACGGAGGAAGACAAGUUAGCGGGCCGCAUGGAGGUGAAGCGCUACAAACAGACGAAAGAGAAGUUGCGACGGCGACGGGAGCGUUUGUUGCAGAGAGUGCGGCUCUUGGCUGCCGCCAGACCGCGCCGGCAUCAGAUAAAGCUUACGGAGCUGGAAGAUUUCGAGACGGACUCUGAUGCGGAUUCGGAUGAUGGCGAGAAACUAAUGGCGGCGCGUGCGUCCCCGCCGCUGGAGGCGGAAGCGGUGCCGUCGCCGGCGAGGGGCGCGGGGAGUGAGGGGGGCACGGCGAGCGGCGAGGCGGAGGAGGCGGCGCGGCGCAUCAAGGAGGCGUUCCGCAGCAGCAUGGCGCGCGUCAUGGUGCAGCACCUCAACCCCUAUCGCCGCCACGACGCGCCCGCCGCGAGAAUCACCAGCACCGCCGAUUUCAAGCACCUCGCCAGAAAGUUGACUCAUUUUGUGAUGCUGAAAGAGUUGAAGCACUGUCGCUCGGUAGAAGAAUUAAUCGUUACAGACUCAGUGCGCACUAAAGCCAAGACAUUCGUCAAGAAGUACAUGGCCAAGUUCGGUCCAGUCUACAAACGACCACCGGAGGAAGCCGACUAA